GAAUAACAUGUGAUGGCAAUGCUGAACAAAUAAUACAAGCAGUAAUAACUACUGGAAGUAAUAUAAUACAGACAUUCAUGACUUACAUACCAACUCAACAAUUUUAUUCAGAUGAAAAUAUGAAAAAUUUUAUAACAUUAAAAGAAGGCAAGCCUAACCUAACGAAUGAUUAUAAAUUAAUCAAAUUACUCGAAAGAUAUGAAAAUGAUAUACCAGAAUUAAAAAUUGUAAUAUAUGCAAGCAUGGAAUUAUCGAUAAAUGACAAACUACAGUACAAUGGCGUAUCAAAUACAGAUAAAGAUGCAAGAGAAAAAAUACAAAUAAAACUAAACCUCAAGGAAAUACUUAGAAAAACACAAAAAACCAAAGUAAUAAUAUUACUGGAAAACUCUGCAUCAAAUAAAUGCUAUGGAGCUAAUAUAGAAGAGCUUAUAUUAAUAAAGAAAAGCAUUAAAAAAGAAUUACAAUAUUUUGAAGAUGACAAAGCACAGUGGUACCCACGAAUCAAAUUAUGCUUUGACACACAACACUACUUUGCCGCAAGAGCUGGCAGAUUUAUAGAAGACUGUAAAGAAGUUUUAGACAAAAAUGGAAAAGAAAUCCAUUUAAUAUAUAUAAACAAUGUAAUGAAAGAAAGAAAAUUCCAACAACAAAGUGGAACAUGA